AUGUUUCAGGUGCCUGAUGAGUGCCCAAAGCUUGAAUCAGAACCAAGUUAUGGAGUAGCAAAGCCCGAAAAUUUCGAGUAUCCAGCACCUGCAGAGAUCUGGACACCUGCUGUGUACGCCUCUUUCAAUCUUGGGAAAAUAUCAAUGCCGGACUUCUCCAAGAUUUUCAAAAGCAAGAAAGAGCUUAAAAUUGUCAGCGAAGAGAAAAUCUAUCAAUCGGAAAAGGAUCCGAGUACUGAAAGUGGAUGUGUCAUAUCUUAA